UCAAAGGCAAGCUACAGUGCUCGAUCUUGUGUUUCUCUGUGCGAAGCCAACGCAGGCACAAGGAUGAAGGGUGGCGGGAAAACGAGCGGGUGCUUCUUCUGCCUCGGCGCGCCGAUGCGCGCGCUGUCCAGGGCGUGCGACCUCUACGUGGGCUGCAUGUCCGGAUGCGCGCGCCGGAUGCCGGCGGGGGCGGUCAUGGGCGGCCGCGGCUUCGGCAGGUCGGCCACGACCAUGCACCUGCGGAAGAGCUCGGACCGCGCCGACGACCUUGUCCGCGCCGCAUCCAGACAGCGCCGCGUCGCGCCCGAGCCGGGGGUCGUCGGGGCAGCGAAGAAGAAGGUCCACGUUAGCCAGGCCCCGGCGGCUGUCCCGACGGGGAGGAAGGGCCCGGCGAUGGUGACCAUCACUGAGGACGGGCCGUGCGAGUUCGGCGCCUGCCCGCUGAAACGUCCAGAGCAGAGGAGUCGCGGCGCGGCGGCGGGCGGACUGGCCGCGCGCGACGGUGGUUUUGGUGCCAUCAAGGUGGGGGGCGAGGCAUUCGAGAGCCGAGCGUGA